AUGGGGGGCACCUUUACAGCAGCCGCGGCGGCGGCGGCGGCACUGGUUCUAGUCAUGGCUGGCUUCUUGGGAGCUGCAAAUGCCAAUGUGGGCGACAAGUGCUCGACGAGUGCGGACUGCGGGGCGGGGCAGUGGUGCUUCGACUGCGAGCCGGAGCUCGCCGGCUCCCACUGCGUCCGCUCCGCCGCCACCAACCCCUUCCAACUUGUUAAUAACUCGUUGCCAUUCAACAAGUAUGCCUAUCUCACGACGCACAAUUCAUUCGCGAUUGUUGGGGAACCGUCGCACACCGGAAUUCCGCGCAUCACCUUCGACAACCAGGAGGAUACAGUCACUGAUCAGUUGAAUAAUGGUGUCCGCGCGCUAAUGCUCGACACAUAUGACUUCAAAGGAGAUGUAUGGUUGUGCCAUUCCAGUGGAGGCAAAUGCAACGAUUUUACUGCAUUUGAACCAGCACUGGACACAUUCAAGGAAAUUGAGGCAUUUCUUUCUGCCAACCCAUCUGAAAUCGUUACGUUGAUCCUGGAAGACUAUGUUAACGCGCCAAAUGGCCUGACGAACGUGUUCAAUGCCUCUGGCCUGCAAAAGUACUGGUUUCCGGUUUCGAAAAUGCCGCAGAAUGGUCAGGACUGGCCUCUUGUUAGCGAUAUGGUCACAAGCAACGAACGUCUCCUUGUGUUCACCUCUGCCAGAUCGAAGCAAGUCACAGAAGGAAUCGCAUACCAGUGGAAUUUCAUGGUUGAGAACAAUUAUGGCGACGACGGAAUGGAUGCUGGCGAAUGCUCGAACCGUGCAGAGUCCGCGCCGCUCAACGACAAGACCAAGUCACUGGUCCUCAUGAACUACUUCCCAUCUGUCCCUGUGAAGCUGACUGCAUGUUUGCAGCACAACAAGGGCCUCACUGACAUGGCUAGUACAUGCUACAGCGCAGCCGGAAAUCGAUGGGCUAAUUUCAUCGCAGUCGACUACUACAAGAGAAGCGAGGGAGGGGGCGCGUUCCAAGCCACCGAUCUGCUCAACGGCAUGCUCCUGUGUGGAUGCCAGGACGUCAAGGCUUGCCAGGUGGGUGUGCAAGAUAUAAUUGCUUCCGCCUUUGUUGUACAUAUACGCCUCUUGAUAUCUUUGUUAUGUGAGUCAUGA